AUACAAAUCGAACCUGAGACCAAAAAUUUUUGACUCCAAAAAUAAAAAAAAAGAGAUGCGCAGGAGAAGGAAUGAAGUCACCGUGGAGCUCCGGAAGAAUGAACGUGAAGAAACGCUACAGAAACGGAGAAACGUACCUAUUACAGAUUCCAUGGAUGAAGAAGAUGUGGAGGAAAAUUUGGCAAAGAUCGAUUUGGGUGAACUGGUAGCCAAAGCAGGGAGCGCUGAAUCCGCCGAGCAGUUGAUUGCCGUCCAAUCUGCACGAAAAUUACUGUCUUCAGAUCGUAAUCCUCCAAUAGACGCCUUGAUUGAUAGCGGAAUCCUGCCGAUUUUGGUACACUGUCUUGAACGACAUGACCAUCCAUCCUUGCAGUUUGAAGCAGCAUGGGCAUUGACGAACAUUGCAGGCGGAACAUCUGCUCAGACACAGGCAGUUGUUAAAGCUGGUGCAGUGCCAUUAUUUUUACAACUUUUAUUGUCCAUCCAGCAAAAUGUCUGUGAACAAGCAGUAUGGGCUCUAGGAAACAUUAUAGGGGAUGGGCGAGCGCUGCGAGAUUAUGUAAUAAACCUUGGCGUUGUGCCACUGCUUUUAAUUUUCAUUAAGCUAGAUAUACCUAUCACCUUCUUGCGAAACGUUACGUGGGUGAUAGUCAACUUGUGUAGAAACAAAGAUCACCCUCCACCAGUACGGACAAUUAAAGACAUUUUACCAGCACUUAAUGUACUUAUUCUACACACGGACAUUAAUAUUCUCGUUGACACAGUGUGGGCGCUGAGUUAUUUGACUGAUGGUGGAAAUGAACAGAUUCAAAUGGUCAUAGACAGCGGAGUCGUACCUCGUCUAAUUCCUCUGCUCUCUCACAAAGAGGUCAAAGUUCAAACGGCUGCUCUCAGAGCUGCUGGCAAUAUCGUUACUGGUACCGAUGAGCAGACGCAAACGGUCUUGAAUUGUGAUGCUUUGUCCCAUUUCUCUAACUUGCUAACUCAUCCUAAGGAGAAGAUUUGCAAGGAAGCCAUAUGGUUCCUGUCAAACAUUACUGCUGGCAAUCAAUCUCAAAUUCAGGCUGUAAUUGACGAGCAGCUAUUGCCACUUAUUAUUAGUAACUUGUCAAAGGGUGAAUUCCAGACUCAGAAAGAAGCAGCAUGGGCGAUCAGUAAUUUAACGAUGAGUGGAAACAGCGAGCAGGUGGCACGCCUGAUUCAAGAGGGGGUAAUUGCACCAUUCUGCGAUCUACUGUCUUGCAAAGAUAGUCAGGUUAUUCAAGUUGUGCUUGAUGGUAUCCACAAUAUGCUCAAAAUGGCGGGAAGUCAAAUUAAACAGCUGACCAAUAUGAUUGAAGAAUGCUCAGGAUUGGAUAAACUUGAGGCAUUACACACACAUGUAAAUUUAUAUAUCUAUAUAUUGGCCUAUGACAUCUGUGAACAGUUCUUCUGGGAGGAAUUAAGUGUAAAUGAUUAGGUACUGUAGCCUUGGUGAAAAUUUUGAGACCAUUCUGGCUUCUAACUGAUUGAUGUCCCACUCUUGUGACUUCAGACUGACGAACCAAAUUUGGCGCCGCAGACAACGGAAGGAGCCUUCCAGUUUGACCCGACGACAACUAUACCUAGCGAUGGCUUCAUAUUCUGAAAUAUCCUCGUCUCUUCCUCGCCCUUUCCUCGUCGAAGAACCGUCCCCUAACUACGGCGGGAAGCCACAACCUCCCGCUAUCUUCUCAUCCAGAUUAUCCUCCCGAUCCUUCUUGUUCCAAUGACCAAGAUUCAAGACUCUCGAAGGGGAAUAUUUCUCGUCACCUCCCAGACAUUGCGCGGCAUUCGCCUGCUGUUCGGCCCGCGAUAAGAACCGUUGCGUUCAUGAUUUUGCAAGAGAGUUAGAUUGCAACGAAGCACUGCAAAAGCGCGAAUCAGCUUUUUAUUUUUUCUUGAUUUUUUUGUUUCGUAUUUUAUACAAUAGAGAAACAAGUCUUAUUCAGAUGCUAAACGCUAUAUAUAUUAUAUAUAUAUUUACGUAGUAACAAGAACGUGAGUGCGCAUGAAGUGCAAACGUUUAAAUUAUUUAGGACGAAUUGUUUAAAUGAUUCUACAGAACAAUAGCACUGUUUGAGUUGCGUGCUCUCUAAUAUCGCUGGGCCGAGUCUUGGUUCAUGACGUUACAUUUAUAAACGAUUUGUGUAUAUUUUAGGCAUGUUAAAUUUAUGAUGAUAUUGAUUACUGAAUAAAUUGAUUAACUGCUCUUGACUAGUAUACUUGAUAAUUAUGAUCAUUCUGUAAGACGGCGCAACAUCAAUAAAACUGAAAGUCUGGUAUA